CACACAUUUUAUGAGUCAUUCUCUGUUUUGAUAUUGCUUUCUGAUUUGCCGAAAGAAAUUUGCUGAAAAUGUCUGGACGUGGAAAGGGAGGAAAGGCACGCGCUAAGGCCAAGAGCCGAUCUGCCAGGGCUGGUCUUCAGUUCCCCGUGGGCCGUGUUCACCGUUUCCUGCGCAAGGGCAACUAUGCCGAGCGUGUUGGAGCCGGAGCCCCGGUCUACCUGGCCGCCGUCAUGGAGUACUUGGCCGCUGAGAUCCUCGAGUUGGCCGGCAACGCUGCCCGCGACAACAAGAAGACAAGAAUCAACCCCCGUCACUUGCAGCUGGCCAUCCGCAACGACGAAGAGUUGAACAAGCUUCUCAGCGGUGUCACCAUCGCCCAGGGAGGUGUACUGCCUAACAUCCAGGCCGUUCUGCUGCCCAAGAAGUCAGCCAAGGCUGCCAAAUAAACGCUGAACCUUCGUCUUCAAAACCAACCGGCUCUUUUCAGAGCCACCACAUUUUCAAAAAAGAGAUUGGAAAUAUCAUGUCUGUAGUGUUGAAUUUAGUGUGUAAUUUAAAAAUGAUUUAAUAAGUCGAAGUGUAUUCCUUUAUUUCAUGGUUAAAUUUACUAGUACGUGGGAGUACAAUUAACGGGAAGGAAGACCAAUUCUUAACCGGCCCGAAAAAUAAGGUCUAGGCCUAAGGACCUUGUGCUUAGGGAAGUUGGGCCUAUUUAUAAAUUAUAACUUGGUUAUCCGACUUAUCUGGGCACGGCUUGGGGGGGGGGUGUCUUUUUGUUUGAUGAAAAUAAACACGCAAUCGGCCGGAAGACUGUCGGAGGCUGAGUAAACCGGACGGAGUUUUAUCCCUCUGGUCUUAUCUUUUCAGAACAGUUAUUUGGUUUGAGAAAUUUAAUAUUCCCAGCAUUUCAUCUCCACCAUGCAAAGCCUCAAAUCUUGGGCCUACUCGGACAAUUAUCAUUGUCUGGCAGCUUAUUUUAUUUCAAAUUUUAAGAAGAAAUAGCCUAAUUGAUUGAACAAACAAACGUCUGUGGAAUUUUUCAAGUCUCAUUUUAAAAGUGAAUAAAUUUAAUGAGAUUCUAGGUAGGCCUAGGCCUAAUCAUUGUAGAUAACACUGUGUGCAACUGAAUGGGAGAGCACUUCGGUGUAUUUGCUUUAUAUAGACGCUUCCAGACUCGGGAGGCAGGCUUAUCUUAUUUAAUACAUGCACUGUUGUUUUUUCUUAGACUUUUUUUUUUGGGGAUACUUUGCUGGCUGAUUUGUAGCGUUGGAAUGUAGUGAUACUGAUGAUAGGCCUACAUAAAAAAUAACGAGGUCCGGUCAAAAUUUGAGCAGAGCAAGAUAAGAAAGAAAAAGUCCAUGACAUGUACAUCUCAAGAUAAUGAAGUACAAUUGUGUUUUCACAUAAAAAAUAUCACCAAGCUGUAUGUAGUGUAAGACAUUAAUGAAAGCACCACUGGUUUAUCAAAAAUACGAAAACAGAAAGCAUGGAAUUAUAAUGUACAUUCCUACUAAAUGACCCUAAUAUUUAAUACGUGAGAACAAAAGCAGCUAAAAUACAU